UUUCUUUUGAGACAAUGUGCUCUGUUGCCCAGGCUGACCUCUAAACCAUGUCUAGGGAUCUUUCUGCCUUGACGUGGAGAAUGUUGUAGGACUCCAGGUGCUGGGCCUGGCUGUUUCUUGCUGUUUCACUAAGUUCCGUUGCUUCUUUCUUAUUUUUGUCAUGCCUAUUAAAAGUAAAAUCAUGUAAAGUAGUUUUUGCUUUCUUACAGCCACACAGCUGCGCCCAAGCUUGUCUAGCAACUGCCCGGCCAAGUGCUCACAAUGCUGGGCCCUGAGGGAGGUGAAGGCUAUGUGGUCAAGCUCCGUGGGCUGCCCUGGUCCUGCUCAAUUGAGGACGUGCAGAACUUUCUCUCCGACUGCACAAUUCGUGAUGGGGUGGCAGGUGUCCAUUUCAUUUACACUAGAGAAGGCAGGCAGAGUGGUGAGGCUUUUGUUGAACUCGAGUCCGAAGAUGAUGUCAAAAUGGCCCUGAAAAAAGACAGGGAAAGCAUGGGGCACCGGUACAUCGAGGUGUUCAAGUCUCACAGAACCGUGAUGGAUUGGGUGUUGAAGCACAGAGGUCCCAACAGCGCCAACACCGCCAACGACGGCUUUGUGCGGCUCCGGGGUCUCCCAUUUGGAUGCACAAAGGAAGAGAUCGUGCAGUUUUUCUCAGGGUUGGAGAUCGUGCCAAACGGGAUCACACUGCCUGUGGACCCCAAGGGCAAGAUCACAGGUGAGGCCUUUGUGCAGUUCGCCUCGCAGGAGCUGGCUGAGAAGGCACUCGGGAAGCACAAGGAGAGGAUCAGGCACAGGUACAUCGAAGUGUUCAAGAGCAGCCAAGAGGAGGUGAGGUCAUACUCAGACCCACCCCUGAAGUUCAUGUCUGUGCAACGGCCCGGGCCCUAUGACCGUCCCGGCACUGCACGGAGGUAUAUUGGCAUCGUGAAGCAGGCAGGCCUGGAGAGGAUGCGCUCCGGGGCUUAUAGUGCUGGCUAUGGGGGCUAUGAGGAGUAUAGCGGCCUCAGCGAUGGCUACGGCUUCACCACCGACCUAUUUGGGAGAGACCUCAGCUACUGUCUCUCCGGCAUGUACGACCACAGAUAUGGAGAUGGUGAGUUCACAGUACAGAGUACCACCGGCCACUGUGUCCACAUGCGGGGCCUACCCUACAAAGCCACCGAGAACGACAUCUACAAUUUCUUCUCACCACUCAACCCUGUGAGAGUGCACAUUGAGAUUGGGCCUGAUGGCAGAGUGACGGGUGAGGCCGAUGUGGAGUUCGCUACCCAUGAGGAAGCUGUGGCAGCCAUGUCUAAGGACAGGGCCAACAUGCAG